CUACCGUAAGCAUUUAUGCUAUCUUCCAUUAAACUUGAAGCUCGGAUAAAGAAAGAAAUCUCGAGAAGUUGGGAAAGGAGUGUGAUGAAGCAACAGGGGUUGACGGCGGUUUUGUGUGUGAUAUGGGCGGCUACCAUUUUUUACGGCGAGAUGUUCGCGUUCUGGGUGCCCUCUCUCGGGACUUGUUCCUGGCCUCAUCAUCAUCUCCGUCCUUCCACCCAUUCCCCUUACCCUUCCAAUUCAACGAUGGACAGGGUAGGAUAUCCAAAUGACUAUGUAAAAGUUGCCGUUAUUACAGAUCCACAGCUCAUGGAUAAAACCUCUCUGGGUCUUGCUCCAAAAUCCCUUGCCUUGGAGAUUGUACAAUUCUAUACUGACUUGUUCAUGCGUAGAGCAUUUGUCACAUCUAUCCUGCCUUUCAAACCUGAUGUGAUUUUGUUUUUGGGUGAUUAUUUUGAUGGGGGCCCUUAUUUGUCAGAUGAAGAAUGGCAGGAGUCUUUAAGCCGUUUUAAGCAUAUAUUUGGUUUGAAUGCACAAGGAAGAUAUACAAAUAUCAAAGUUCAUUACAUUGCAGGAAACCAUGAUAUUGGCUAUGCAAGUCUUAACAGUCAAAGGCCAGAGGUUAUCAGACGCUAUGAAAAGGCAUUUGGGAUCCGAAACUACCAAUUUACCGUUGGAAAAGUGAAUUUCAUUGCCAUUGAUGCCCAAACUCUAGACGGUAAACAUGGAAGUGGGUAUCCACAAGAAAAUCAGGCUUCCCAAACCUGGAAUUUUGUCAAGAAUGUCUCCAUGGAUGAUCAAUUGUAUCCAAGGGUUUUAUUAACCCAUAUUCCAUUGUAUCGGCCGGAUUCGACGUACUGUGGUCCUUAUCGUGGUUCCCAAGUCAUCAAUCAGCGGAUCUUGCAUGCUGCUCAUGGUCAAGAAGUGGUGUACCAGAAUUAUAUCACCAAGGAAUCAUCAAAACACCUGCUAGAAUUAAUCAAACCUGUACUCAUUUUAUCUGGUCACGAUCAUGAUCAGUGCACAAUCGCCCAUGAGUCAACAUCUGGGUCCAUAAAGGAGCACACUGUAGGGACCGUCAGUUGGCAACAGGGAAACUUGUAUCCAUCUUUCAUGCUCUUAUCUGCUAGCAACUUUGCACUCUCAAAUGGAUCCAGUCCAGAAGAAGCAGUCCUUACUCAUCUGUGCUUUCUUCCAAUGCAAACACACAUCUACAUGUGGUAUCUUUCGCUCUUUGUUCUGACCCUUCUCGCCCUCCUCCUAUGGCCUGCAAGUGGCUUAAAUAACUGGCACCACUGUUGUGAUUUAAUGACAAGUUGCAACAUUUUUAGAGGUGGAAGAAAGGAGAAAAACGAAGAUGACAAUUGUGAAUAUGAGAUGAUGUGGGAUGCGGAAGGAUCAAUGCAUCUGGUUAAGAAAGCAUUGAGUGUCCCGAUGACUAAUUUAAGUGAAAGCGGUUCGGUAGAAAGGGGUAAUGCUGUGAUGCGACCGACAGCUAAGAAGCACAUUAAUCAGGACAUCUCCAUGGACGUGGAGUCUGUGCUGACAAUACCGACUAGAAGUAAAUCAAAGACAAAGAUUGCGAUCCAAAGAGUGUUGCGAACAUUACGGAUGCUUGUAGUCAUUGCUGCGGUGAAUCUUCCUAUCUACAUGAUGUUACUAUUCAAGGAUUGGAUUGACUAAUGACAUGAUCGGCCAGAUUCAGCACCCAAAACAUAACGAAAUUUUCUGCUUCAGUCGUUUGUUGCAUCAUAUUUAUGCAUAAAUGGUGGCCAUGCACAAGAUCAAAUGAGCUCACGAAAGGAUGUUAAGUUUCAAUUAAUUUCAGAUCAUUUUGUACUUUCCAUUUGAUGGCAUGCGAGGAAUUAAAUUUGUAAAUUUGAUGCUUAAGACUCAGGUAGAAAGAUAGACAUAUCAUGUGGUCUUACAACAUAAUGCUGUCUAUGUAGGAUUUUUGAGUGCUGUAUAUUCCCAUUUAAUGCAUUGUUUCUCUCUCCA